UGUAUGUGAAGCAACUUGGUUGACUCUCCCAAACUUGAUGGCAAAAAAAAAAGCCAUACACGUGGAAACCUCAAACCUGCAGGCUUUAAUUUGCUUCAAUGCCAACUUACAACACCCUAAGGGCUAAGGCCUCUCAUCUAUCAUCUAUAUAAGGGCCUGUAAAUCUUGGUGAUAUAUAGCCACACACCACAAAAGCUUAGCUUUCAUCUUUUCUUCAUCAAUUUGAAGCGAUCCAAUAAUGGGUCUCCGACGAGUUUCAGCGACCACCAUUGGCGUUGUCCUCCUCUUCUUUAUUAUCGUGGCGGAAGGGGCAACCCCUAAGGCUUAUGUUCCUAAACCAAAGACGGUGUCUUGCAAGAACAAGUAUUAUCCUGACUGCAUCCACCAGAAGCAUACAUGCCCCACCGAUUGUCCUUACACCUGUGAGGUUGAUUGUGUCACUUGCAGCCCUGUUUGCAACUGCAAUAAACCAGGAGCGGUGUGCCAAGACCCACGAUUCAUCGGCGGCGAUGGGAUCACCUUCUACUUCCACGGCAAGAAAGACCGCGACUUCUGCAUCGUCACCGAUCCCAAUCUCCACAUCAACGCCCACUUCAUCGGAAAACGUAACCCCACCAUGAAGCGGGACUUCACAUGGGUCCAAUCCCUCGGAAUCCUCUUCGACCACCACCAGCUCUUCAUCGGCGCCAAGAACACCCCCACCUGGAACGACGCAGACGACCGCCUCCACCUAGCCUUCAACGGCCACCCAGUCUUCCUCGCCGAGGGCGAAGGCGCCAGGUGGGAACCCGCCGGAGCUCCGGGAGUGUCUAUCACGAGAACCGGCGACGCCAACGCCGUGGUGAUUGCCGUGGAGGGGAACUUCCGGAUCAAAGCCAGAGUGGUGCCCAUCACGGAGGAGGAAUCGCGGGUCCAUAACUAUGGGAUCACCGGAGAAGACUGUUUCGCGCAUUUGGAUCUGAGCUUCAAGUUCGAGUCGCUGAGCGGGGAGGUGAAUGGGGUUCUGGGACAGACUUAUGGGAGGAAGUACGAGAGCCGGGUGAAGAUGGGAGUGGCGAUGCCGGUUCUGGGUGGAGACAAACAGUUUUUCUCUUCGGGUAUCUUUUUGACGGAUUGCGGCGUUUCAAGAUUCACCGGAAGGAAUGAAGGUGAAAGUACUGAUGAUCAGAACAAUAUCAUCGAGUAUGCCAGCUUAGAAUGUGCAAGUGGAAUUCAUGGCAGGGGAGUUGUCUGCAAGAGAUAAAUAUAUAAAUAAUUAUAUUGCAUCUCUCUCUCUAUAUAUAUAUAUGUGUGUUGUGGAAAAUAAUUAGGUCGGAUCGGAAGUGAUGUGUGAUCUGGCCUCG